AUGUCUGUAGUCAGACUCCCAGAGACCGUCACUGUUACGGCUGCGCAAAUCCGCGAAACUGCUUCUCGAAUCGGGGUCGAAGUGCCUGAGGAAGAUCUCGAUGCGUAUCGCGUAUUCCUCAGCGGGCUGGACUCCUGCAUUGACCAGAUUGAGGCCGAAGAUGACUACCUUCCGUUCCUCGACGCGGAACGAUUUCCUCGCUCGAAUGUGCAUCGACCAACACCUGAAGACAACGCGAAGGAGUUCAAUGCCUGGGCGUAUAAAAUCCACAUUGCCUCAACAAACACAGAAGACAAAGCUGGGCCGCUUGCAGGGCUGACCGUCGCAAUCAAGGACAAUGUCAACAUUGCGACGGUGCCUUCUUUACUGGGGACCGAUGUUCUCCAAGAGCCUUACGUUCCAGAAUAUGAUGCAACAAUCGUUACGCGGAUUCUACGGGCGGGAGGUACCAUAGUCGGAAAGGCCGCCUGCGAGAACUUUUGUCUCGCCGGAAGUUCAUUUACCAACGCGCACGCCAAGGUCAUGAAUCCUCUCGCUCCUGGCUACUCUGCUGGUGGCUCUUCUUCUGGCUCGGCAGCCCUCCUCGCAGGCGCGACUCCCGUGGUCGACAUAGCUAUCGGCGGUGACCAGGGUGGCUCAAUUCGCUUGCCUGCUUCAUAUUGUGGCAUUGUUGGCCUGAAGCCUACUUAUGGGUUGGUCCCGUAUACGGGCAUCGUUUCGCUAUCAUCUAUUAUUGACCAUACGGGGCCGAUGACAACCAAUGUGCUCGACAACGCGAAGCUUUUGAGUGCUAUUGCUGGGAAAGAUGGGUUGGACGACCGCCAAAUCGAAGCACCGGAGUUUGGACUCGACUAUCAUACACCCCUUCUUGCUUAUGCAAAUGACCCGAAAGCUGCAGUGAAGGGCAUGCGGAUUGGCGUUCUAGUUGAGUCUUUGGAGGUUCCGGGAUUAGACGCUCGAGUGCGAGACAAGGUCAAAGCCGCCGCUGAGCUGUUUCGCGGUCUGGGCGCGGAAGUGGUGGAUGUUUCCAUUCCUAUGCAUACCCUUGGACGUAUCAUUUGGACCGUGGCCAACACACAAGGCAUCUCUGAGCAAGCAUUACGAGGCCAGAAUCCGGUCAGAUCAGGUGUUCACGACGCAAAACUGACGAAGGCUCUGGCGCACUGGGACACGGAGAUGUUUAAAAAGGCACAGUUGCAUAAUCCAGCUGUCAAUGUCUGCUUGCUUGGCGGAGAGUUUUUCAAGACCACUUACCCCGGCGUCACUGACAAGGCAAUCAAUCUCUCCCGAAAACUGCGCGACACGUAUGAAGCGGUGAUCAAGCAGCAACAACUCGAUGUCCUUCUCCUGCCUUGCACCCCCACCAUUGCCAACUACACCUCCCAGGUGUCAGAUAGCAUCAUAGAGAAGAUGGGAAAGGCGACGGGGAUAGGUCUGAAUACCUCUCCCUUGAAUGUUUCGGGCCAUCCAGCAAUCAGCAUUCCGAUCGGGAUGCUGCCUGUAGUCGAGCCUGGGCGUGAGGCAGACAAGGAUCUCAAAUUACCCGUGGGGAUGCAGAUUAUGGCUGGCCUGUGGCAGGAAAACAAGAUCUAUAGGGCAGCAUUAGCUUUUGAGAAGAGUUUCGAUUGGCGUGUACUUUAG